AUGAGAUCGACCCCAGGGGGAGGGCGCGCUCUGCGCGACGCCGAGGGUGGCGGCGCGGAGAAUCGCUACGCAGGGAGACGCCUUGGCGACGACCGACUGAGGCGGAAAAGCAACGCCUGGGACAGGAUGUCAGACCCGCCGUUCGACGCCGAGUCGGGCGCCCCAGCCGCUUUGGCUCCCACCGACGAACCCGAGCCUGCCACCAUGCUUCUCGGCGAGUCUCAAGAAUUUCUUGACAUGCUGCACUCCGAGGGAGGCGGCAACCGGAAGUGCGUCGACCCUAAGCUCGUGGGCUGCGUCGGGCUCUUCCUGCUGGCCUACUGCGUCCAGCCGCUUCUGGUCGACGCACUGAAGUUCGAAGGCGCCGCUGCGACAAGCGCGUGCCUGUAUUUGAUUCCUCACUUCCUUGGUAUGCUCUGCGUCGUCUUCUCCCCCAACGAGUCGCGGCGACUCGCGACUACGCCGCGAGGCCUCCAGGGGCGGAAGUGGCCCUUGCAUGUGCGAGAGCUCCACCUCAAUCGGCGCGCGUGGAAAAAGGCCUUUUUCGUGGCAGGCAUCGACCUCCUUCACCAGGCAGCAGAGAAAGCUGGCCUCGUUCUCUGCGGCUCGGGCGUCUAUGUGCUCAUCAGCAGUUCGUCCAUCGUAUGGACGGCUUUGAUUUCGGCGUGCAUUCUCCGAAGGCGGUUUUCGCCGUUCCAGUGGUUCAGCCUUCUGCUCAUCUGCGGCGGCAUCAGCAUGAAGGCCUCGGACCUGACUUUCGAGAUGCACAACGAGGAGAGCGUGGGAGUUGUCGUCACACUCCUCUCGGCGAUUCUGCAAGGAUUGACGUUUGUCGUGAACGAGAAGUUUAUGACGAGCUCGAACAACCCCGUCAGCGGGCCUUCGCUCGUCUUCAUGAUGGGCGUCAUUUGCUCGUCCCUGCUCAUGGCUUGGACGUGCCUGUGGACACUUCCGAACUUCCAGGUGCUCAUCGUCGACCGCGUGCGAGAGAGGGGGGGCAGUCCCGUGCGGAUCGCCGCCAUUAUGUUUGGACUCUUCUGCAGUGGCGCUGUCCACUCAUCAACUCUCUGGUACAUUGUGAAACGCCUCGGCGCCGUGACCUCUGGGGUCCUGAAAGGCGUGAAGACCGCUUCUGUCUUCUUGCUCGGGCACGUCUUCUUUUGCCAUCUGCAGGCAUCCCAGUGCCUGACUCCCGUGAAAACCGCGUCGGCUGCAGUCUGCGUCGGCGGCGUCAUUCUGUACUACGUCGCCGCAUCCCGUGCGCAGCAACCGGCCACAAAACGCGCCAGUCCCAGUAGCGGAAACUGA